CGGAAAAAAGAAACCAUCAUCAUUAUCAUCUGAUCUGAUAUCAUCAACUAUAUAAAAGAAGCCACUAUUUGACUUGAUAAUCAAAUUAAAAGCUAUCAGUUAAAUGGCGAAACAUGAAGAAACGCCGGUUCCAUGUUACUCAUCGUUAGAGGCUGUUUACGGCGACGGAUCUCAGCUUGAAGAAGCUAAACUUCGUUUUGAUCACUUGAAAUCCAAGUUUCUUCAAGUUUUUGGUCACCCCCCUGAUGUCUUUGCUCGUUCUCCAGGGAGAGUGAAUUUGAUUGGAGAACAUAUUGAUUAUGAAGGCUACUCAGUGUUGCCAAUGGCAAUAAGGCAAGAUACUAUUAUAGCAAUCCGUAAAAAUAAUGCAGAAAAAGUCCUUCGAAUCGCCAAUGUUAAUGACAAAUAUACGCAGUGUGAUUAUCCUGCUGAUCCUAACCAGGCAAUUGACUUGAAGAAUCAUAGAUGGGGUCAUUAUUUCAUUUGCGGGUAUAAGGGUUAUUAUGAAUUUGCAAAAUCAAAAGGAGUGAAUGUGGGUGAGCCGGUUGGACUUGAUGUUAUUGUUGAUGGAACUGUUCCAACAGGUUCUGGUUUGUCAAGCUCUGCUGCCUUUGUUUGUUCUGCUACCAUUGCUAUUAUGGCUGCUUUUGAUGUGAACUUUCCAAAGAAAGAAAUUGCCCAACUGACAUGUGAGUGUGAAAGGCACAUUGGAACACAAUCUGGGGGAAUGGACCAGGCAAUCUCUGUCAUGGCCAAAACUGGAUUUGCAGAGCUUAUUGAUUUCAACCCCAUUCAGGCAACUGAUGUGCAACUUCCUGCUGGUGGAACAUUUGUGCUUGCGCAUUCUUUGGCAGAAUCUCAGAAGGCAGUCACUGCUGCUACAAAUUACAAUAACAGAGUUGUUGAAUGUCGACUCGCAUCUAUCGUACUUGGAAUAAAGUUGGGAAUGAAACAACAAGAUGCAAUAUCAAAUGUCAAGACUCUUUCUGAUGUCGAGGGAUUGUGUGUAUCAUUUGCUAACAGUCAUGGUUCUUCUGAUCCUGUCAUUGCUGUUAAGGAAUUUUUGAAAGAGAAACCAUACACAGCUGAAGAAAUUGAGGAAAUUACUGGGGAAAGUCUUCGAUCAAUCUUCAAAAAUUCCCCAUCUUCUUUAGAUGUGCUAAAAGCCGCCGAGCACUACAAGUUGCAUCAGAGGGCUGCUCAUGUAUAUUCUGAAGCCAAGCGAGUCCAUGCUUUCAAGGACACAGUGUCUUCAGAUUUAAGUGAUGAGGACAAGCUAAAGAAGCUGGGUGAGCUUAUGAACGAGAGUCACUACAGCUGCAGCGUUCUAUAUGAAUGCAGCUGCCCAGAGUUGGAAGAACUUGUAAAAAUUUGCCGGGAUAGUGAUGCUUUGGGGGCAAGACUUACAGGAGCUGGAUGGGGUGGCUGUGCGGUUGCUUUGGUGAAAGAACCUAUCGUCCCUCAGUUCAUUCUCAAUUUGAAGGAAAAGUUCUACCAAUCAAGAAUUGACAAGGGAGUAAUCAGCAAGAAUGAUCUUGGACUCUAUGUUUUUGCUUCAAAGCCUUCAAGUGGUGCUGCUAUUUUCAGGUUCUAAUGCCUGUCCACUUGCUUGCUUUCUGGAAAUAAACGUCUGUAGUUCAUUUUGUCUAGCUUUAUUUAUGUCUAGACAAAUGGAUUAUCUAAUCAAAUGAAUAAAAUUAAGUAAUAACAGUCGUUUAGAUUUAUUUCAAAUAUAUUAUUUAUAAAUGUAAUCAAAUCUCGUUACCUGAUAUUUUUAAUAUUUCACUGUAUUUAUGAAUUUAUUACCCAUAAUCAUUUUUAAGGGACCAUGAUUAUUUGUGAA